UACAGACACCUCAAGGGCGCUACUUCGACGCUCAUUCUGGUGCACACACGAUAACCUAUAACUGGCUAUGGCUUCCGUCGUUGAAGUGGACGGUCAAACACAACCUCCGGACGACUUGCAGAAGUUGAAUGGAGACACGCACGAGAGCGGUGUCGCUGAGGAUACCCUCGAUCAUCCUCAUGUCAAUGGUGUAGGGAAAGGGGAGAAUGGGACCACCGAACAUGCAUCAGAUCACGAGAAAGACGACGACGCCUCAGAUGCCCAAGCCCAAGUAAUCAUCUCCCUCCGCUCCCAGGUCACCGACCUCUUCACGCAAGUCACCCAGCUCAACUCCAAGCUCGUCUCCUCCUAUGACCGCGUCUCCGAUCUCGAGGACCAGAUGCACGUCUCCUCCGCCUCCCUGCGCAACGCUACCUUACAGGUCUCCGAGCUCGAGCUCGAACGCACCCAGCACCUCGCCGCGCUCAAUACCGGCCUGCUCGUCGAGCGCGAGCACGUCACCGCCGAGCUCAACCGCCUCAUGGAACGCGCGACGCUCGAGGCCGCCCAGCGCGGGCAGGCUGAGAGCGCAAAGCAUGACAUCGAGAAGGACCUCGACGAUCUGAGCGCGAGCUUGUUCGACCAGGCAAACACCAUGGUCGCCGAGGCGCGCUUUGCCGCGGCCCAGAGCGAGCGCAAGGCGGGCGACGCGGAGGAGGCGCUCAGGACGGCCGAGGAGGCCGUGCGCGCGAUGCAGACGGCGAUGCAGGAUCUCAUGGCCGAUCGGGAGAACGCACGGACCGAGGCCGAGCGCGCGAGGAUACGGAUGGGCAAGGGCAAAUGGGUCGAUCGGGGGCCUGGAGAAGACGGGAUGGUGCUGGAGAGGCAGCUGAGGCUGAUGAACACGCAUCAGCCGUUCACGGACUUUUUGUCGUUCGUCGGGCAUCUGAGGUCGCUGAGGGCGUCGGGCAACGCGCAUCCGCCGGCUAUGUCGUCGCUCUUGAGUUUGCCGUUCCCCGCGCGGUUGCUCACUGAAGACUCGGAACCCACACUUCGCCUCGACCUCGCCCCUUCGCUCAACUGGCUUACCCGACGCUCUGUCCUUGCAGCCAUUCACACAGGCAUGCUCUCUAUCGAGCCCAUUCCCCUUUUCUCGCUUCUGCAAGAAGUUUAUCCGCACAUCGCGCUCCCCUCGCCCCCUUCACAUCCCUCGCAUUCUUAUGCGGAGAACAACCCUCUGCCAGCGAAUGUGACGCUUUCCUGCGCUCUUUGUGGCACCUCUAUCCUCCCACCGCCGACUCCGCCGGGCUUAGCGCUCGGCAGCGAUGGCAAAGAUAGGCCGCAGGAGCGGAGGAGCAGUCAGAAUCCCCUGACUUCGCUGACCCUCACGCGCAACUUGUCGUCCAACUCAGCCGCGUGGCUGAGAGGGCUGACGAGCACCAACUCUAACAGCAAUCUCGUCGCUGAGGAGACGUCUUCCUCGCCCACAGCCACUGAGGCUAUCCCGGUGUCGGUGCCGGAACAGAUUUUCAUUUUCCGGCUCAACACGCAAAGCUCGUCCAUCGCGGCGCUGGCAUCGACGCCGUUCUCCGCAUCCUCCCCUCCGCCAUCGCACCCCGCGCACCUGCAUCCGCCCGCGUCCCCCAGGCGCGCGUCGUCCUCGGCCCAGAGCAUCAGGCAGCUAAGCACAGUGUCGCCAGCGCGCACCCCCGGUGUGCAGCAACAGCAACAGCCGCAACAGGCGACACCGUACCCGCUCUGCGCGUCCAACUACUGCCUGACACGGAUGAGAAGCACGUGUUCGCUCUGGGCGUUCGUGCGGAGCGGGAUCGUCGAGCACGUGUGGGAGGAGCCGGUGUCGCUCCCGCCGCAUGCGCAGACGCAGCAUGCGCCGGUGGUCGUGCCCGGCUCGCCGCCGACACGCCCGAGCACGCCUGGAAGGGAUAGGGAUAGUCAGAAGGGGAUCAGCUUUGGAUUUGGUGGGGGGUCGCCUGGGAAACAGAUUGCUCCGCCGCCGUCGCAUCCUUCGACGAUGGCGGCUGGUAGUGUGGGUGCUGCGGCGCAGAACGGUGCGGGAGGGGAGAAGGCGCCGCCUGUGCCGCCGAGGAGGAGGGGGCUGUGGGGUAUGGCGAGCGCGCUGGGUGAGGCGCUGCAGGAGCGCGGGAAGGGCAGGGCCGGGAGCAGGUGGGGAUCGCGGGAUGUGAGUGCGGAUCAUAGUGCGCGGGCGAGCGGGGAGAGCGGUGGUGUGGAGCUGGUGAAGGAUGGGCUGGGGAGGGAGGGGAAGGGGCUGCCGCCGCCGCCGCCAUCGCAUCCCGAUGUGCCGCAUGAGAGGAAUACGGAUCGGAAGCCGGUGCCGAGUGUGCCGGAUGAUUUGGAGGCUAUGGGGGAAAAGAAGAUGGAUGAGGGUGGGGAGAAGGAUAACGGUGGGGAACCUGCAGAGCAUGAGGAGCACGAGCAUGGGCAUGUUCAGGAGGAGACGCUGUUUGAUGCGGGGCAUGAGCACGGGCAUCAUGAGCACGAGCACGAAGAGAUGGCGGUGAAAGAAGACGAGGCGAAACAGGAAGAGAAGGAGACAUCGACAGAGACACUGGCAGCAUCUGAAGACAGGGACAACAAUGACGGCUUCGUCACGCCCCCGGACACAGACGAUGUCCCCGCGCAGCAGGCUCUCGCCGACAACUCUUCACUCGCCACGCCUCCCGCUACCCCCGGGGCCGAUCAAAGCAGCUUCGCCUCGGCGUCUCCAGCCGUGCGCAAGUCGCUGGACUUGUCUGCAGCGACGAACGCAGCGCACAUGCGCUCGCUCGACGCGGGCGCUAUGCCCUCGCCCGGUGCGGUGCCGCUUCCGCCGUCGCGCGCUGAUUCGCCUGCACCUAAUCCUACAGGGCUUGCGAACGGGGGUGAAGAGAAUGCGAUUCCAGCGCCGGCACCUCAGGGUGCAGCAGCUCCGCCUCCGGUUUCGAGGAGGGCGGCUGCGAGGCGGCCUGCGCCUACACCGCCUGGUGCGCUGGUCGCCGCGCCUGAACCCGAGGCCACUCCGGUGGCUGGAGAGAAGGAGGUGGAGGCUGUGGUGGAGGAGUCGGAGGACACAGAGGUUGGCGAGUUGGAAGCCGACGAAGUAGCUCAGGCCCAUGAAGACAAGGGAGCAGACAAGAUUGAUGUGGACAGAGCUGUCGAGCCCGCCGCAGAAGACGUCGAGAUGCCCGCCACUCCAUCCGAAGCCGAGUCCGAGCUUACAUUCGCUCCUGUUCCGGGCGCUACGAGUGGGAAUGUGGCCGAGGUGGCUGUCAAGCCAGAGGACGAGAGCAAACCCGAGGUGAAGACGGAGGUAGAGGCGGAGAAGGAGGUGCCGCCCGACUCGGGAUUCACGACGGACGCGACGUGGGAGGAGCGGACGUGGCGCGAGGUCGUGCGUCUGCGGGAGGAGAUGUUUUGGGCGCGCGUUGGGGGUGUGCGGUGAAUGGCUGGAGUGCAUGCUGGAUCUUAGGAAUGUUUAUGAAGCGAGUGCUGGUAAGGGUUGGAUUCAAGGACUAUGAUAGUGGGUAGAGAGGUGGUGAAGUGUAGAUAGUUAGGCGUUGAUAUAGAUACCCUGCUCAAUC